GGUGCGGAGCGUGUGACGCCGCGGUCGCCGCGGAGCUGGGGAUUAAUGGGAAAAGUUUUGGCAGGAGCCGGAGGAUUCUGCGGAGCCUGCGGAACGGCUGCACUGGCGCGGGAGGCGGCCAGGACGGCGUUGCAUGGUGUUUUGGGCAUGCGUGUAGUAUUCACACAGUGGCUUCUGCUCACCAACAGAUGAAGACAGAUGCGCCAAAGAGGCUAACGGGAACUGCCCUGUAGAGGUCCAACUGCAUUCAGACCCAGAUGAUGCCAGAGCUAUGACCCGGCCUGCAGGUGUGGCGCCGAGGGGAGAUCAGCCAUGGAGCAGCCUCGGGAGGAGACCCCUGAGGUUCGGAAAGAGGAGGAGAAAGAGGAAGUGGCAGAGGCAGAAGGAGCCCCAGAGCUCAGUGGGGGACCAGAGCAUGCGCUUCCUUCCAGCAGCUACACAGACCUGUCCCAGAGCUCCUCGCCGCCCGUGCUGCUGGACCAGCUGCAGAUGGGCUGUGAUGGGGCCUCGUGCGGCAGCCUCAACAUGGAGUGCCGGGUGUGCGGAGACAAGGCUUCAGGCUUCCACUACGGUGUCCAUGCGUGUGAGGGCUGCAAGGGCUUCUUCCGUCGGACGAUCCGCAUGAAGCUGGAGUACGAGAAGUGCGAGCGGAGCUGCAAGAUCCAGAAGAAGAACCGCAACAAGUGCCAGCACUGCCGCUUCCAGAAAUGCCUGGCCCUGGGCAUGUCGCACAAUGCCAUCCGCUUUGGCCGGAUGCCAGAAGCCGAGAAGAGGAAGCUGGUGGCAGGGCUGACGGCGGUCGAGGGGCACCAGCACAGCCCGCAGGUGGCGGAUCUGAAGGCCUUCUCCAAGCACAUCUACAAUGCCUACCUGAAAAACUUCAACAUGACCAAAAAGAAGGCCCGCGGCAUCCUCACCGGCAAGGCCAGCCACACGGCGCCCUUUGUGAUCCACGACAUCGAGACAUUGUGGCAGGCGGAGAAGGGCCUGGUGUGGAAGCAGCUGGUGAACGGCCUGCCGCCCUACAAGGAGAUCAGCGUGCACGUGUUCUACCGCUGCCAGUGCACCACUGUGGAGACCGUGCGGGAGCUCACGGAGUUCGCCAAGAGCAUCCCCAACUUCAGCAACCUCUUCCUCAACGACCAGGUGACCCUCCUGAAGUACGGCGUGCACGAGGCCAUCUUCGCCAUGCUGGCCUCCAUCGUCAACAAAGACGGGCUGCUGGUGGCCAAUGGCAGUGGCUUCGUCACCCGUGAGUUCCUGCGCAGCCUCCGCAAGCCCUUCAGUGACAUCAUCGAGCCCAAGUUUGAGUUCGCUGUUAAGUUCAAUGCUCUUGAACUUGAUGACAGUGACUUGGCUCUGUUCAUCGCAGCCAUCAUUCUGUGCGGAGACCGGCCAGGCCUCAUGAAUGUGCCGCAGGUGGAGGCCAUCCAGGACACCAUCCUGCGUGCCCUUGAGUUCCACCUGCAGGCCAACCACCCCGACGCCCAGUACCUCUUCCCCAAGCUGCUGCAGAAGAUGGCGGACCUGCGGCAGCUGGUCACCGAGCAUGCCCAGAUGAUGCAGCGCAUCAAGAAGACCGAGACCGAGACCUCGCUGCACCCCCUGCUCCAGGAGAUCUACAAGGACAUGUACUGAGAGGCCGGCCCCUCGGGGCUUUCCUGUUGCCCAGCCUGGGAGCACUCGGCUCACACAGAGUGCGGAUCGCACACCCGCGCUCCCACCCACACGGCCCCCGCUCCCUGUGUUCCUUUUGUGCUCUCCCUCCUCCCCUCAGCCUCUGUGGUCCCCCUCUUCCUCACGCCUCUGUCUUCCUCGUUUCCCUGCUCUCUUUUUCCCUUUCUGUAGGGUCCCACUUCCUUCCUCCCUGGCUUCCCUCCCUCGCCCGCCAUGUCUCCGUGCCCACAUCUGUCUGUCUCGUUCUCCAAGAUGGUUUGUAUUAUUUCACCAGCAGUGUAGAACAGGACCCUUUCCCAGGAGCAGAAGGGGUGGGGUCUGCCCUCUACCCGUCACUGCACCUAUAGGCCUAGGGGCCUGUCUUCAGAUGGAAGCCUUGAGCCAUCCAAAGAAACACUAAGCUCUCGGGGCCUGGCUUCCCAGGGAAGCCAAGCAUGGCCCGGGCUGACUGCAGCAGCGGCCCAGGGGCACAGGGUCCCUGCUGCAGAGGACAGUGGCGGGGGGGCCUGGGCUGAGCCAGAUUCCUCCCCAGACUGACCCCCCACAGGCCAAGGCUGCCCCCCACCCCAGUGGCACCCCCAGUCUCUGACACCCACAUCCUUCCAUUCCUCUUCACACCGUUCUUCCAGGUCAAUGUUGCUGAUGGCCCCUGCGCUGGCCGCUGGGAGCCUCCCUCGCCUGGAAGGAGGCAGGGUUCCCUCCAGGUGGGGGCCCCACCCCUCCCUGAAGAGGAGGCAGAAGGAAGUUGGUGGUUGAUGGGAACAGCACACUUAGUUCUGACCCCAGGAAGGGCUUGGGGCAGGCCCUCUGUCAGCACCCACCCCCACCCACCUUGUAGCAGCCGCCCACAGAGCCUGGCUCUGCCCCGGCCAGCUCAGUGGAAGCUCACGCCCCACGCCCCCCGCCCCCAAGUACUCCCUAGAGCUGUCACUCCCCUCACACAGCACAGCACUGAAAUCGCUGUACCCACAGGUUCCAUUCCCAAAGGGAGCGUUCGCAGUGGACAGGCAGAGCUGUGCCCCGUUCCUAUACUGGCCGGGAGCACCCUGCUGAGUCAGCCAGCACCUGCUCACUGCAGGAACUACCCGACGUACACUGGCCCUGUGCCUCCUGACAUCCGCUUGCUGCUCUCCCUUCCCCUAUAGCUGGCCUCGCUGGUCACCUGCAGAUCUCCCUGCACAACCCCUGAUGACCAGAGACCUUGCCAAGCCUGGGCCCAUUCCCCUGGCCCUGUCCUGCCUGCUCCCAGGUGGGGGUGCCUUCACCUGAGAGGAGGGGCUGCAGCCCAGCUGGGAGAGCAGUGUCUGAGCAGCAGGGCAGAGCGCCCGCCAGCUGCACAGGCGAAGGAUGGCCAAGGUCUCGGAGCAGGGGGGUGGGUGAGCUGGGGUUGGAACCCAGGCUUCCUGGCUCCUGUCUGGCUCUCCUUCCCAGAGGGCCUUUCCGUCUGACCACAGAUCUAGGGGGAAAGUGGCCCUCCGCGUCCGUGCCCGCGCCCGCGCCCCAGGCUCACUCUGUAUGCUGGCAGGAUUCUUCCUUUCCCUCCCAUCCUAGCUGAGCAGGGAUUUGGGGCAGGGGAGAGGCUGUGAAGGGAGGGAGAGCUGCUGUGCCUGACUUCCUCCCCCACCAUGCACCCUGUCCCUGCCCCUGCCCAGCUCUGGUGCUGAGGAUACAGCUCUUCUCAGUGUCUGAAGUCUCCAAAAUUGAAAUGUAUAUUUUUGCUAGGAACCCCAGCUUCCUGUGUUUUUAAUAUAAAUAGUGUAUACAGACUGAUGGAACUUUAAAUAAAUGGGAAUUAAAUAUUUAAGAAUUGACUCCAAGCUGACUCAGUUCUUUACAUCUUUUUUUCUGGGAGCUGGUUAGACCCCUCCCCCUUGUCUGUAUCCAGUGCACAGAGAGGGAAGUGUGGGUGGGCCAAGGAGUCCCUAGGGUGCUGGCUGGGGAGGGUCAGCUCCAGCCUUGGCUCUGUUCCUCCUUCCGGGCGCCUUCUGCUCUGCUUCUCCCCUCCCCCUUUUGCCAUCCCCCCUUGUGGAGAGCUGUGUUGGUUCCAAUAAGGGUUUUAUUAUGCAGUGGGGAAGUCACACAUUCUAAUUUAUGCAGCACACUGCGCCAACCGCCAACCGGCCACCCAAGGUUCCCAAAGUGCCUCUGAUGCUCCUCACAAAGCGUCUUAGCCACCCAGGGCGGAUUCUCACCAGAUCUGCAGGAUGGCACCUCAGAGCCUAACAACGCAGGUCUCGAAGGCUGAGUAGUUUGGCGAGCAGGGCUUCCACAUCAGGGAGCUCAGACCCUCGGCGGCGUUAGGCCUGUGCAGGGCUGGCUGGGAGAACUCUCACGGGAAGGUCUGAGCGUGGGGGUUAACCCGGAGCUUUUCUCUCUGCCGCCUCAGGAGAGUCUGGUCAGAGUCUCUCUGGCCUCUUCAGGCUACAGUUUAUAUGCACUUUGGACGGUCAGUAAAGGGCUGAUAAGGUCCUCGAGGAGGGUGUGUGGGGGCCAUGGGUGGUUCUUACCACGUCCACGCAGAUCUCCUGCAAUCAGCUUAGCUCUUGUUUAUUUCUUAGUAAUAUUAUGGUGGAGCUGUUUAAUUUCUGCUCCUUACAAGAAGCCUGAGCCAGGUGCUCCCUGGCUUUCCAUGUGACCUCUGCACUGCACCACCACCACCUGCUCACCAGAUGUCCAACCAGUGGGGCCACCUGAUCUUGGACUUGAACCUCCCAAACUGAGCUAAAUAAAUCUUUUCUCUAUAUGAAGUUAGUUGCCUCAGGCAUUAUGUUGUAAUCAUGACACAAAAAAUAAGUUUAAAAAACCACAGAAACAAAAACAGCUAAUAGAGAAAAACUGAUACCAAAAAACUGGCAGAGGUGGGGGCAGUGCUGUGGCGUAUCAGGUAAAACUGCUGCCUGCAGUGCCGGCAUCCCAUAUGGGCACUAGUUUGAGUCCUGGCUGCUCCACUUCCGAUCCAACUCUGCUAUGGCCUGGGAAAGCAGUAGAGGAUGGCCCAAGCCCUUGGGCCCCUGCACCCAUGUGGGAGACCCAGAAGAAGCUCCUGGCUCCUGGCUUCAGAUCGGCCAUUGCAGCUAUCUGGGGAGUGAACCAGUGGAUGCAAGACCCCUCUCUCUGUCUGCCUCUCUGUAAUUCAGCCUUUCAAAUAAAUAAACAAACCUUAAAAAAAAACACAGGAGGUGGGGCCAUUGCUGUAACUACCUGGAUUUGUGGAGGCGCCUUUGGCACUGGCUUACGGGAGAAAGCUGCAAGAGUUUCCACGAGCAGGCUAGAGGAAGCCCAGAGAGCGCAUUGUGGGUGUUCCAGUGAGGGCUCUGGAGACCAGGACGUAAGCCCACGCUGAGGCGCUCUCAGAUGGACGUGGCGAUUCUCCUGGGAAACGGACUGCAGGCCACCCUUGCUUCUCCGUGGCAGAGGAGCUGGCUUUACUGCGGCCAUUCAUUCCCUGACCACGCUGUGGGAAGAUGAGCUUAAGUUUGGUGGAAGAGAUUUCCAAGAAGCUAAGCAUUCAGGUGUUACUGGCUGCGUUUAGUUCUACAGCAAGAAUCAGGAGUGAGAAGGAAUGAAGAAGCAUGUGGCAGACCGCAUGGUGGGAAAACCACUUGCUACAGACGUUAGAUAAAUGGGCAGGCACUUAUCCUGUCUGUUAAGAAUGCCCACAUCCUACCUUAGCGUGCCUGUGCCUGUGUUUGGUGAUCCCCAGCCCUGGCUCCUGACGCCAGCUUCCCACUAAUGCAGACUCUGGGAGGCAGCAGCGAUGGCUCAAGUGAUCGGAUCCCUGAGACCCAUGAGGGAGACCUGAAUGAAGUUCCCAGCUUCUGGGGCAGGCACUGUGGCACAGUAGGGUGACACUGCUUGGGAUACCCUCGUCCCAUAUUGGAGUGCCUGGGAUCAGAUCUUGCCUCUGCUUCCAAUCCAGCUCCUUGCUAAUGUGCAUCCUAGGAGGCAGUGGGUGAUGCCUCUACUUGGGUCCCUGCCACCCAUGUGGGAGACCCAGAUAGAAUUUCAGGCUCCUGGCCCCAGCCCUGGCUGUGACGGCAUUUGGGGAGUGAACCAACAGAUGGAAGAUACACACACACACACAGCCUUUCAAGUAAAUAAAAAUAGGGGCCAGCGCUGUGGCGUAGUGGGUAGGGCCACCGCCUGCAGUGCUGGCAUCCCAUAUGGGCACCGGUUCGAGUCCCAGCUGCUCCACUUCGAUCCAGCUCUCUGCUGUGACCUGGGAAAGCAGUGGAAGAUGGCCCAAGUCCUUGGGUCCCCGCACCUGCGUGAGAAGACCUGGAAGAAACUCCUGGCUCCUGGCUUCAGAUUGGCUCAGCUCCAGCCAUUGAUAGAGGAUCUCUCUCUCUCUCUGCCUCUCCUUC